GAAAUAUGUUAUUGGAAGUUCGCUUGAAACUCAUGUGGAAGUGAAGUGAAAUGGUUUUCCCGGCAGAUUGAUGAGUUGCCCAUGCUGCCGAUAGUCCAGUUCUGCAAAGAUCGUUUUUAUAAGAGGACUUGCGAAAAGUGUAAGAAAACAUCAUGUCUGAAGAACCCGGACCAAGUGGCCAAUCACAAUCCCAGACCCAAUCCCAGACUCAGUCCCAGCCUGGGUCCAGUUCCUCAUCCGCACCAACAUCAUCAAGUCAGGGUUCCUCUGGAUCAGGGACCUUAAGUUCUGUUGAUACAGUCCCUGUUCAGGAAUUACAGUCCAUUCCUGAGGAUGAAGAGGAACCUCCGCCUCAAGUUUGGGGGCGUAUCAUUCCCUUGGUGCAGGGGUUUAGUGUUCUCAACUGCGUGGAAAACCAGUACUCCUUCGGAAGAGACCGUCAGUGCGACUAUUGUUUUACUAAAUCAGCUAUCAGAAAAACAGCACGCUUCCACACGUAUAGCAAGAAUCACUUCAGGAUUUUUAGGGAUGAAAAUCUUGUGUAUAUUGUUGACUUAAGCGGUAACGGUACAUGGGUGGAUGAUGAUUUAAUAGGUCAAGGAAAGCAGCGCAUUCUGAGCAAUAACUCUGUCAUUGCACUGGCAGAGCAGAAACAUCAAGUGUUUAUGUUUAUUGAUAAGAUGGGCAAUGAUCAACCGAAUCUCCCAGCAGAGUUCAGCAGCAAAUACCACAUAGCAAGAAAGAUCGGAACAGGGGUCUGUGGUGAAGUCAAACUUGCCAUUGAAAAGGACACCUGUAAAAAAGUUGCCCUAAAAACCAUAAAUAAAAACGAUUUCCCAUCAAUAGGGACAGCCACAAGAAACGCAGAAAGAGAGAUCGAGAUUUUAAAGAAAAUUGAUCAUCCAUGCUUGAUCAAAACAGAGGAUUUUUACCAGACACAAGACUCCUACUACAUUGUUCUGGAGUACAUUGAGGGUGGUGAGCUGUUUGGCAGAAUCAAAGCUCAGAAACAACUAGAGGAAGAAAUAGCUAAACUUUACUUUUAUCAGAUGCUCAGAGCUGUUGAGUAUCUUCACAAUAAUGGGAUCAUUCAUCGAGAUCUGAAGCCAGAGAAUGUCCUGCUAGCUUCACAUGAUGACGUCUGUUUGAUUAAGAUAACGGAUUUUAAUCAGUCUAAGAUUCUUGAAGAGUCCUCUCUAAUGAAGACACUAUGUGGGACGCCCACCUAUCUCGCCCCUGAGGUUUUCACACACGCUGCUACUGUGGGCUACACCAAGGCCGUAGAUUACUGGAGUCUGGGUGUUCUCCUAUUUAUCUGUUUGGGCGGCUAUCCUCCAUUCAACACCGAAUGCAAGACGAUGACGGUUCGAGAGCAGAUCAUCAAUGGUCAUUAUCGUUUUAUCCCAUCUCAGUGGAAGAACGUCUCUAAUGAUGCCAAAGAUUUGAUCAAGAAACUCCUGGUUGUGGAUCCCGAAAAGCGCCUCAGUGUUGAAAAGGCCCUUGAACAUCCCUGGUUAAAGGAUGAUGAGAUGAGAAAAACGGCAAACCAACUUAUGUUUCCUGGAACAACAUCCAGAAAACGUAAGGCACAAGAAGGAGAAGGCGAACCGUCAUCCAAAAAGAAACCUGCUGCUUAAUAUUAACACUUUUUAUUCCUGUGGCUCUUUUAAACUCUCUGUCCUGACUUUAGCAUCCAAUGUUUCUCACUGUAUAAC